UUCGCUCUUUAAAACCGGGAGAGCCCUUUCAAGCUUCGGCGCCAUUUCCCUUCCAACACCAAACCCACCUGUUCACUUCUUUUUCAGGGUUUCGCUUCACAAGGAGGAGAUGGGGUGUUUCAGUUCCAAGCCAAACGAUGCCGGUGCGAUCAGAAGAAGACCCGGGAGCAUAGGCGAGGUGGCCGUGUUCGUGCCCGGAUUGCGAGUUCCUGAGAUCUCGGAGGAGCUGCCGCUAGGUGACGGCCUCCCAAGGAGGCUCACCGAGCGCCUGGCUGCGUUGAGGAACCGGAUAGUUGCCAUGGCUGCUCAAGAGGCACUAUACAUGACCAAGCCCAGCUGGAGGAUCAGUAUCACUCAGCAUGGGGGGUCUAAGUCAGCUGAUCUUCUGCAGACCUUGGAGGAUUACUUGCCUACUCUUCUUGCCCUUGUAAAAGAUGGGAGCGAGUUGGAAGACAAGAUACAGUUUGCAUGGAUGAACCAAGAGGAUGAUGCAGAGGACACGUCAAUGCCUAGUGCUUGGUAUGAGGUGCUAUCGGUUCUACACUUGAUGGCUCUGCUGCGUUUGUCCCAAGCAAAUUCUCUGCUUGUUCCAAAGACAUCCAUUGAGGGAUACCAUGCUAAGGUAUCUGAAGAAAACAAACGAGCUUCAGUAGAAAUAUUUCUCAAGGCAGCUGGGUACUUGGAGUGUGCUAUCCAGCACGUUCUACCUAAGAUGUCGCCUGAAAAAAGGAAAGGUCUUCCUGUGGACUUGGCUGAAGGAAUUCUGAAAGCUAUCUGCAUGCAAGCUCUUGGUCAAGCAAUUGAUGUUCAACUUGGAUUGGCAAUUGACAGUCCAAAGGCUACCCUGGCAGUGAAGAGGAGGCUGGCAUGUGAGAUGGUCAAGUGCUGGCAGCAGGCGCAUGAAAGCAUUUCAGACCUGCCCCUACUUGAUGGCUGGGCCGAAAAGCACAGGCUCUUUGUUACAUGGAAGCACACAGAAGCAAAAGCUGCAGCAUACUACUAUCAUGGACUUAUCAUUGAUGAAGGAAACAGUGAGAAAUGUCACAGGACGGCGGUGGCAGCGUUGCAAUCAGCAGAGGAGUUCCUCGAGGAGAGCAGAGCUGCCUGUGAGGCCUUCCAUGCAGCGUCUCCUGUUUCAAGAUGCCCUCCUGUGUGGGGGUCGAUGAGGUACCUCCAUGAGAAGAUCCAGAAGGAGUCGUCGUGCAAAGUUCGGAUCAAUAAGGACCUCUACACCAGCGACAGGAUGAUCCAUGAGAGUAGCGGCGUGCCGGCGCUGCCGGACUUCGCCGUCGCUCUCAAACCCGAGGAGUAUCGCCUUCCUCUCCUCGCUCUUGCAGACUAAGGCCGGACAUUGCAAGUCUUGUGUGUGUAGAGCUAGCCAUCUUCUUCUGAGCUACAGGACUCUAUCGCAUGUAAUCUUCUGAGCUACUGUCGUAUAUAUAUAUCUUAUGUAUAUAUGCACAUCAUUCAUUUAUAUGGGUAGGUUGCACUUGCAUUGUUGCAAGGACAUGAAAGAUUCAUCUCAUCUGAGAGCGAUUUCGCCAA